CAGGAAACUGCCAUCCUGCUUUCCCAGGCAGCCUACGCCUGCUGCGCGGCAGCUGUCUCUCCUUAGCUGAUAUUCUUAUCUUAAUGUCUAGUAAAAUAGUCUGACUCUUGGUGCGACGUGUGUGAGCCAUCUGAACCCCGCGGCGAGACAGCAACACCAGAGGUCCGAUGCCCGAUCUCGAGCAGGCGCCACACUCAUGGCACCAGCAGCCCGACAUAGGACUCCUCUCGCCUGAAUCCUACACGGCGCAGAAGCUGCAACAUGCAACCCCCGAGCACCUCUACCUCACCUCCAGGCGCUUCUUCAUCGGCCCUGUCCCUACAGCAUGGCUGAGCAAGCACCGACGCGACUGGUACAAGCACCACCUGCGCAUCAACUACUCGACGCGUAGCGCGACAUUCUCGUCCGAUCCUCGCGAAGCUCGCCAACGACGCCUCAGUGGAGUCGAGGGGCCCAGCGCAUCUGCUCUGUUCCAGCACAGCUUUCCCCAGCCUGAGGAACUCGAUGUUGAGGAAGACAACGCUCAGCCCGCAGGCGCCAGUGGUGCCAAUGGCGCCUCGUCUGCGAGCUCCAGCGCGCCUCCAGCAAUGCAGGUGCCUCGCGCCUCGGUGCAAAAGGAGGACGUCCUAGUCGGCGACGAGAAUGAUGAGUUCGUCGAUGCGGCGUCCGAGCCAGAUGACGCCGAUGAAGAGGACCUGCGCGUCUAUACACAUCAGGAGGAGUUCGAUCCUACAAAGCCGCCGCUACCCCAUCGAUCGAGCACCAAGUCCUUCGUCACCGCAUCGUCCAUGCCAGAUACCGCAGGCGGCGAUCAUGAGGUCGAGUCAGAAGAGGAGGAUGCCGAGACACCACGUGCGGAGGAGCCAACGCAGGCCCAGGCUAAUGGCCUGCAGUUGCCUGCCGAGGGAGAGCCAGAGCGCAGCAAAUCCGUAGGCAAGCAGCCAUUGUCUGCAGUGACAAGUCUUGCGGCAGCGGCAUCUACUACGGGAGGAGCACCCUCGGUAGAUGCUGACUCAACCUCGUCUCUGCUGCGAAAAACUGACCUGAACAAGGCACCGGCGCAUGCUGAUGCUGAAGCUCCCGCCUCCCCUCCACCCAGGGGCAUUCUCGCUAAAACGAGGAUGCGAUCCUCGAGGGCGUUGUUCAAAUCAGAUACCUCAAAUACUGCAGAACAACCUGCUCAGGACUUGACACGGAAGGGAUCAACCCUACGCCAUCUGGUUAAGUUUGACAUACCGGAGGACUCGAAGCGCCAAGCAGUACACUUCAAAGCCAAGAAAGCGCAAAUGACCAUCCAGCGAGCGGGCUCGAAGCUGCGACGGAAGACUAUCAAAGACGGCCUUGUGGUCAAGAUGGAACGCAUGCUCGUUCGCGUUGACGCCGCCGAUGAAGUCCCCGAGGAUUUCGACGAGAACGUCAACCAACGAGUGGUCUCGCGAGUCAAGGACAAGUGGCGAGAGUACAUGAUAGUCUGCAGGCACAGUCAUACGGACGAGUCUGACUUUCUGCUGCAGCUCUACCAGACUCGAGUCAUCCCAGAAAUCGAAGAAGCGGGUGCAGGCAAGCGUGCCGCAUACGAGAUACCUCUCGGUCGAAAGACGAGCAGAGUCAAUCUGUACUCAUCUCUAGACAAGUCUAUCGUAGUGUCGAUGCCUGGCCGCAGGGAGUCCUUAAUUUUCAUCAUGCAAGCCAGGACCGCUUGCAAUGCCGUCGAAUGGUACACGUUUCUGCGAAAUAUCCUCGGCUGGCGUCGCGCUUCCGAGCUUCAGAUAAAUAUCCCAGACAUGAGUCUUAGCGUGCGAAUUGCCGACCCAUUCAAGAAGUUGGAAGCUUCGCAAAAUCAAGUCUGUGUUGCAGACAACACCGAAGAGGCAAUCUUGAAAACUAUGCAAGAGGAGCAGGCCGUCGCGCAAGAGCUGGUUCGUCAAUGUCUCGACCAAUUGGAAGAUGCACCCGAGUGGGCCACCGUGUUGGAAGCAUGGACAAAGGAGCAGAGAAUAGGACUCGCAUGGAAGCGCUACGACCGCCUGGAGUGGAUUUACGGGGCAAACGAGCGCAAGAUGUACGGCACCAUUGCAAUGCUCAAGUCGCACGAGCUUGAACUGCGGCCGAAGACACAUUACCCGACAACAGCUGUCACUCGCAAGAAGCAGAAGACCCUGACUGAGCCUGUUCCUGUGGAAGGCUUCCUCAUUAGGUUGACUGGACAACAGGGGCGGGCGAAACGCUUGGGACUGAUGUAUCACAAGCAGCUGUAUUUCGCCAGUCACGAUCAUUAUCUCAUGUUCUCGCGGCCCACGAAAGUCACACCGCCACCGCCACCCAGACUUCCCAUAUCCGAGAACUCGGCAGUCCCCACAUCGCAGGCGAUACAGGACCAUACGCCGGAUAAUUGGGCAGUGAACCCCUACCCUGUGCAGGAUAAGCAGAUCGAAUGGCUGAGGGAAGGUCACUCCGGCACACCUGAGACCAGGCGGCUCCACGACGAGGAUGCAGCUGAUGAAUUCGAGCGCAAGGAGCACAAUCUGCUCAAUUGCGACGGGUACAUCAACAUGACCAACAUCAACAAGGUCCGAAAGGCGAGGCUAGGCGCCAGCCCUAUUGACGAAGUGAUUGAGGAAGGGUCCGACGUAGACUUUGACGAGGAUGUCGAUAUGGAUGGCUCGAGAAGUGAAGAUGGGGUCGCGACUGACAUCGAUCUAGACCGCACCUUCGAGCUCGUCAUGAAGAACGGUCUGAUCAUUCGCCUACAAGCUGCUGAUAAGCCACGCCGAAAGCAGUGGAUUACCCAUCUUCGGGCCCUUGUAAAGUACUGGAGACACCGCACAACAUCCGACAUUACCCUGUACAAAUCUACACGAACUCGCAACCUCAGCGCCCUAAACAUCGACGAGGAAGGCGAAGCACACAUCGGCCAAUUCGCACGAAAGUGGGAAGUCACCCAAUCCUUCGCCUCGCCGCAGCUCUACAACAUGUGCGGCAUCGCGUGCUGCCGCAGCAUCCACAUGUCGGGCAUGCUGUACCGCAAACCCCGCAUCCACGCGCCCUUCACGCGCUGCGGCGUCAUCCUCGCGGCCGGUACCCUGAUCAUGUUCCGCGACGUCCUGCGCUCCCGCGUCGGCAAGCAGCUGUCGCACAUCCACCACGAGCGCAUCGCCAACCUCGACCUGCGCGACUGCUACAUCUACAGCGGCCUGCUCACCGAGUCCGAUCUGCUGUACCAGAACCAGACCUUCGACGCUAAUAAACCGGGGCACCACGCGCUGCCGCGCAUCUAUCUCGAAGACGGCUGGACAAGCACAGACGAGGACGUCAUGACUACGUUUGUCAUCUGGCACGGCAAAUCCAAGAGCUGGUUCAGAGCCGAGGAGGGCGCGGGCGGCGCGGGCGAGCAGCAGCGCAAAGAGGGGAAGCGGACGAAGCUCAAGCGCGUUGCAAAGCUGGGCAGCAAGGGCCGCAGUGUCGUGUUUCGCGCGAGGAGUCGCGCGGAGCGGGAUCAUUGGGUGUUGGCGAUUCAGAAUGAGAUUGAGCGUGUGCAGGGCCGUGAGAGCGAUUUUAGGAUCGAGGAGGCGGGGCCGGCGAAGUGAGGUGGUUGGCAUCCGAGGCGUUCGAAGGUUGGAUAAUUGAUAAGAGGGGUGUGGUGCUUUUGUAUACACGUAUUUCUCUAAUAACAUAAUUCGCAUUCGAGUCUUUGCGCAAAUGCUGUUGGCGGUGAAGGUGUCGAGGCAUGAGAGCAGUGAGAGAUUCUCGUGGCUUAUACACGACAUGAAGAAGGACAUCACG